AACACCUCGGCCUCUGCCCUGCAGCACAUCUCCAGUCACUCUCUAAAGAAACAGCCCGGGGGGAGACGCUGCCUGUCACCGCGUUCCUUUCCAGCACCGAGGGGCAAUGAGUGACUUCACGGCGCGCCGUCAUGGGAGAAAGGGGCCCCGGGGCCACAACAGCGUCUGCGCGCUCGCGUUGUGGAGGACGCCAACCCAAGUGUCCAAAUGAAAGAGGGACGGCGGUGGUGGAGGACUCCCCCUGGACUCGCUGCUGUGAAACACUAUGAAGGCAAAGGGUCUCCCGGCGCAGCACUGAGAGAGCCAUGGAUCACCUUUUCCGGAGGAAGCGGGUCGGUCUGCUCAAACCGCUGCUCAGCCUGUCGCUGGUGUGCGCGUCGUUUUUGAUGAUCCACAAGUUGCGGCUGGCAGAGAAGGACGGGCUGGGGCUGAAACGCGCCAGGGACGCCGACUGGUGCGGCUCCGAGUGCUUCUCGUUCAAGAAGAGAGUCGUGAAGAGCGGCGCGGGCAGCUCGGACCCCCCGCUGGUCAGGCAGUCGGACGCGCAGCGCGUCUCCAACGGGACCCCGGCGUCCUGGGACGCGCAGGUUCUCAACUGCAGCGAGGACGCGUCGGUGAGGACCCAGGACUGGUUCCGGCGCCUGGACCCGAGGUUCCACCAGUUCGUGCUGCACAGACACUGCCGGUACUUCCCCAUGCUCAUCAACCACCCGGAGAAGUGCACCGACGGCGACGUGCACCUCCUCAUGGUGGUCAAGUCCGUCAUCGAGCAGCACGACCGGCGCGAGGCGGUGCGUAAAACCUGGGGCAACGAGGAGACGGUCGAUGGGAAGAAGAUCAAAACUUUGUUUCUUCUGGGGAGCCCGGCGACGGGCAAGGACACCAAGAACCUGCAGAAGCUGAUCGAGUACGAGGACCGGAUCUACGGGGACAUCCUGCAGUGGGACUUCAUGGACACCUUCUUCAACCUGACCCUGAAGGAGGUCAACUUCCUCAAGUGGUUCGGCAUCUACUGCUCCGGCGUCCGGUUCAUAUUCAAGGGGGACGACGACGUGUUCGUGAACACGCGCAACCUGCUGGAGCUGAUCGACUUCACGGUGGAGGAGCGCAGGGAGGCCGACGCGUUCGUGGGCGACACCAUCUCCAAGGCGAUCCCCAUCCGCAACCGGCAGAGCAAGUACUACAUCCCCAAGGAGCUGUACGACAAGCCGUACCCCCCGUACGUGGGCGGAGGGGGCUUCCUCAUGUCCUCCGCGCUGGCGAGGAGACUCUUCGUGGUGUCGCAGGGCCAGGAGCUGUACCCCAUCGACGACGUGUUCCUGGGCAUGUGCCUGCAGAAGCUUCGCCUGGCGCCGCAGACGCACCCGGGCUUCAGGACCUUCGGCAUCACGCGGCGCAGGGUGAGCCCCAUGAACAACGAGCCCUGCUUCUACAAGAGCCUCAUCGUGGUGCACAAGCUGAGCGCGCCGGAGCUGCUCCGCAUGUGGAGCGUGGUGCACAACGGGGCGCUGGUUUGUGCGCAACGGACCUCCGUGUGGUCGCCGGGGUCGAAUCAACUCGAGCGACCCAAAGGGCACACGAAUUGACCAACGCUGAGCUGAUUUGCAUCGUGUAUCGUCCAUACGUGGUGAAUUUGGGUGGGGGGGGGGGGCUUCGUCUCCCAGCAACAAACAAAAAACUACACACAUCUUACAUAAAUCAAGUGUUUGCACACUUCUGCGGUAAACUGAGCAGGCUGGAUUGUCCUGUCCACCACUGUACGUUUGCUACUGUAACCCCCCCCCCCCCAAUUUUUUGAAACCACUACCACGCAGUCCAAACACUAAAGGAAGGUUUCUGGAUUUCUGAUCCAUGAUUCUCGGUGCCAAUUUCAGUUGCAGUCUGGUGGUUCCAGUGCCCUCACAGAGAGAAAGACCUGAAGUGUGAGGAGCAGUUGGUUUUAAUCGUCAUUUUAAGGAUUUUAAGGAUUUCAAAGUGACUGUCAAAAGGGAAAAAUCCAUGGACUCGGAGCACGUUCAGAGGCCAGUGAUGAUUUUGUAGGGUACUGAAGUUGUAAAAAAAAAAAAAGAAUAUAUAUAUAUAUAACAAUAAUAAUUAAAGAAAAAGCAAAUGAUAAGAUUUUAAGUUAAUAUAUUACAUAAUUGUGUUAAUUUGUUUGAUUUUCACAGACAGGCCAAACAACAACAACAACAACCAACCAAAGACACUUAAAGGUCUGUGCAACUGUAGAUUUAUGUAUGAUAGUGUAAAUAAAACUGGAUCUCUUUAUAACUGCAGAAUGGAU